AUGAAAAGUUCACGCAAAAGGAGUAAGUCCUGUAUUUUAGCAGCCGAAGACCAAGAUGAAGAUGAGGAUGAAUACUCGCUCAAAGACAAGGACUUCGUCGCUUUCCCCGACGGCUUCCCCGGCGGCGGCGGAUCUGUGGUCGAUAAGAAGAAGGAGACCGACGAAUCCACUCGCACCAAGUCUUCCUCUGGGAAACAAACCGACAUCAACUACAACUACGGGACAAACGGUGGGAAAAGCAACGACCAACAAACCAACAAAAGUGACAAGGGACAGGGGACCGAGAUACAAGAAUAUGGUGGUUGCAGUGGUUGCCCUGGGUGCAUUCGUUGCGGUUGCCCAGGAUGUAGCGGUGGUUGCCGUUAUUGCUUCGGUUGCGAUGGUUGCCAGUACUAAUUUCUUAUGGAUUUUAAUGUAUGUUUUCCUUUUUCUUGUUUGUUUUAGUUGUUAAGUGUAUUGUCCCUCAUGGCAACGCACCAGUACCACCACCUCAGCUCACGAAAAGGAUCGAUAAACAAGUAUAAGAUCAACUUUCUUCAAUUCGGAAAAUGGGGGAUCUCCGGUAUGCAGCGGGUUUCCAAUUGUGGCUUCAAAUUAGAACAUAAUUUGUCGUCUAUUCUUAAUCUUUCCGAUUUUUUGUCCAAAAACGAUGCACUUAUUAUAAAAACGCUUAUUUUUUC